UCACAGAAAAUAUCAGCCCAAAGGAGAAGGAUUCUGGGUCCAGUGAUACCACGAGAGCCUUGGGACAACGUUGUCGACCCCAAAGCGUGUUACCAUGGCGACUCCUACCUGAGCGUCUACCACCUGCUGCUUUACCUGAUUAGCCCCGACCCCAGCCUGCACUACCGGUGCUCCAUCCCCAUAGCACCACUCUACCUGUGCCUCCGCCAAGCCAGACCUCCACCUGAGUCCUGGGAGAGUGUCUGUGUGAGCAGGAAGUACAACAACCAAUCGCAGGGCCAGGAGGAGGUUGAGAAAGAGAGAUGGUGCUGGGUGGUGGAGCUAAGCCUGCUGGGAAGUGUAGUUCUGAGACACUUGCUGAAACUGCGGUGUCACGCCCAAGCAGUAAGCCUGCUUAGAGACACAGUUGAGUCAGGCGGAGCAGUUGCCUCCAGCCAGGACGUGCGCAUUGCCACGGCGAUUUUUCCCACACUGAGUGUUCUGAACCAGUCCUGCAGCCCCAACACCAGCCUCACUUUCAGAACUACUCACACACACUGCUCACUUGGACUCACCUCAACCGGACCUAUGCUCUACUGAUGAACUGGUUUCUACUGUCAAUCACAUCAGCCAAUGUCACAAAGUGCUAUACAGAAACCCAGUCUAAAACCCCAAACAGCAAGCAAUGCAGAUGUAGAAGCAGAGAGAGUCCUGUUCCCUGUUCUACUUCUCGCUCCGUGCCAGAUGGAGUAUCUGUCUUGAUCAGAAUAUCCAGAGACAUCUCUCGUGGACAGGUGAUCCUCUACUGCUAUGGUGAGGAAGAGACAAGUCUGUCAGCCUCUGGUUCUGUCCAUCUGUCUGUCAGUCUGUCCAUAUGUACACU